UUCCCUGAUGCACAGUCACAGUGGUAUACCGAUAUUGGGAAAAAACACAAGUCCAAAUCUGCCAUUUCCAUGAAUUCAGGAUGAAUCCUGGCACAUAAUAGGUGUUCAAGUUUUUGAAAAUUAAAUUUGAAUCUUUAUCACCCUGGCCAGUGCACUACCAGAACUCAAAUCCUGCUACCCACCUUUCUAUGUCAGUCCCAUUUUUAAAACUCUGACCUACAAAAAAAAAAAAAAAAAAAAAAAAAAAAACCUCACCAAAUCAAAAGAGAGGAAGUGCUAAGCAAAUACAGGAACCAAAAAGAGUUAUAGAGGCUGCUUCACGCUGUCUCAUUCAGUUCCUUUGUGGUCCUCUUCUCCAGCACAUGCCAAAGCGUUUCCCCACAGCCUGUGCCACCAGAGCAUCUUGGGUGUGUGACAAUGGAAGAGUUGGAUGCCUUAUUGGAGGAACUGGAACGUUCCACCCUCCAGGAUAGUGAUGAAUACUCCACCCCAGCUCCUCUUCCCCUGGAUCAGUAUUCCAGAAAGGAGAGUAACCUUGCUGAGACUUCAAAGAUCCUUUCUGUUCAGGAUGACACAAGUCCCUUGACGGUGCAGCUUGUGUAUACUACCAAUAUCCAGGAGCCCAAUGUCUACAGUGAGAUCCCAGAGCCAAAGGAAUCACCACCACCUCCUAAAACCUCAGCAGCUGCUCAGUUGGAUGAGCUCAUGGCCCACCUGUGUGAAAUGCAGGCCAAGGCUGCAGUGAAACCAGAUGUCAGCAAGAAACACUUACCAGACAAGCAGGGUGACAAGCCUUCCCUGGACUCAAUGCUGGGGGGUUUGGAGCAGGAUUUGCAGGACCUUGGAAUUGCCACAGUGCCCAAGGGCCAUUGUGCUUCAUGUCAGAAACCAAUUGCUGGAAAGGUGAUCCACGCUCUAGGGCAAGCAUGGCAUCCAGAGCACUUCGUCUGCACUCACUGCAAAGAAGAGAUUGGCUCCAGUCCCUUCUUUGAGCGGAAUGGCUUGGCCUACUGCCCCAAGGACUACCACCAUCUUUUUUCUCCACGCUGUGCAUACUGUGCUGCUCCCAUUCUGGAUAAAGUGCUGACAGCAAUGGACCAAACCUGGCACCCAGAGCACUUCUUCUGCUCUCACUGUGGAGAGGUGUUUGGCGCAGAAGGCUUUCAUGAGAAGGACAAGAAGCCAUAUUGCCGAAAGGAUUUCUUAGCCAUGUUCUCACCCAAGUGUGGUGGCUGCAACCGCCCAGUGUUGGAAAACUACCUUUCAGCCAUGGACACCGUCUGGCAUCCAGAGUGUUUUGUUUGUGGGGACUGCUUCAGCAGCUUUUCUACUGGAUCCUUCUUUGAACUGGAUGGACGUCCCUUCUGUGAGCUCCAUUACCAUCACCGCCGAGGAACCCUCUGCCAUGGAUGUGGGCAGCCCAUCACUGGCCGCUGCAUCAGUGCCAUGGGCCACAAGUUCCAUCCUGAGCACUUUGUGUGUGCUUUCUGUCUGGCGCAGUUGUCAAAAGGCAUCUUCAGGGAACAGAAUGACAAGACCUAUUGUCUACCCUGCUUCAAUAAGCUCUUCCCACUGUAAUUGCAGCUGAACCCACAGCCUCUUCAGAUCCCCUAUAAAAUGUAAACCAAGAGAGGAAAGAAUACAUUUGUCGUUGCUGACCUUCUGCUCAAUAGGCUUAUAGAGAAAGUAAAGGUGAUGAGCAAAUAAGGGAACCUCUAGAUGUUACAUGACUAGGCUUGUAGUCUUAAGUUUUAGAUUUAUAGCCUCAUUUUUUUAAUCAGGUACUUGAAUUUAGAUCUGGGUCUUGCUGUCUAGUGCCUCUGCAGAUGUAUUUUCCACAUGCACACAUUCAUUCCAUCCCUGGUUUUCUCAGAUUUCCCCAUUUUUACCCCUACGAUGACCCUGCUCAUAUCUUCUCUCCUUUGGCUCUCAUCAUUGUCCCUUUUCAAGCUUUCCACAUUUCCCUGUGACUAAUUUUCCCAUAAUCACUGCUGCUGACUUUAUUUUGCUGUCAGGAAUCAUGAUCUUACUCUUAAGUUCUUUGCUUCUCCCUUUAGUGUAUUUCUCUUUUUCAAGAGGAAGUAGAUUUUAACUGAAGAACUUUAAAUACUGACAUUGUUGAUAAAUAAAAUGGCUUUCAGUU